UGCUCAGCCGCAGCAGAUCGUGAAUGUGAACGUGGAUAUAUAUAAAGCACCGUGCCCCCCCAUGUCUGGGAGAUAGAGCCGAAAAGCACAUAAAUAUUUGCACAUCCCCGGGGGAGAAAGACUUCCUGCCCGGACUAAAUUCCCCGUACACGUGCUGCAUCGUCUGCGGCUGGGAUCUAAAAGCAGAAACUCCCACUCCUGCUCCGACUUCGACUUCGACGCCAACUUCAACUCCGUCUCCGGUUUUUACACGAGCUCCAAUCAGGAGCCGUUCCGUCUAGUUUUUUCGUGUGUUUUUUGCCCGGUUUCGCCACCUCCUGCCGCCAUGCAUUCGCCGACUGCCAAAGUGUCGGGCUACGUCGUCCUGAUGAUUGUGCAAAUAAUCUUCCUGGUUCUAUUCUGGCUAUUCGUGCGUUACGAAAAGACCGCGCUGCCCCGGGCAAUCGACGCCGAAGACGUUGGAUCAGCAAUGGAACACGUUUCGAAAUAUCCGCAGUUCCAGGACAUCCAGGUUAUGAUCUUUAUUGGUUUCGGCUUCCUGAUGACCUUCCUGCGGAAAUACGGCUACAGUGCCACCGGAUUCACCUUGUUUAUGGCUGCCCUUGUGGUACAGUGGUCCGUCCUCAUGAAGGGAUUCCUGCACAUGGAGGGCGGCAAGAUCAGCCUCUCCCUGGAGAACAUCAUUGAUGCAGAUAUUGCCGCCGCCGUGCCCCUGAUUAGCAUGGGAGCCCUGCUCGGCAGAACCACGCCCAUCCAACUCCUCUGCAUGUCCAUCUUCGAAGUGGCUCUCUUUGCGGCCAACGAGUACCUGGCCCUUCAUGUUUUCAGUAUCUGCGACUGUGGCGGCUCCAUCACCGUCCACGCCUUCGGGGCGUACUUUGGAUUGGCGGUGGCUCUGAUGCUGAGGCCCGCCGGCGACCAGAACGAGGCGGGAAAGCUGGAGGGCGCCAGCUACACCUCGGACAUAUUCGCGAUGAUCGGCACCACCUUCCUGUGGGUGUACUGGCCCAGCUUCAACUCGGUGCUGGCCGAGGGAGCCGGCGGCGAGCGGGCCAUUUUGAACACGUUUCUGUCAUUAGCCGCGGCAACAGUGACCACCUUCGUUGUAUCCGCACUCGUCAGCCACGAGAAUAAAUUGGACAUGGUGCACGUGCAGAACUCGACCCUCGCCGGCGGAGUUGCCGUUGGCACCGUUUGCAACUUGCUGCUGGGCGCCCACGGAGCUGUCUUAAUUGGCAUUAUCGCCGGCACGGUCUCGGUGCUCGGCUAUCGCUAUUUAACCCCCUGGAUGACAGCCAAUCUGAGGCUCCACGACACCUGUGGCGUGCACAAUCUGCACGGAAUGCCGGCCCUUAUUUCGGCCAUUGCCUCGGCCAUUUACGCCUCGAUGGCCACUGUGGGCGACUACCAAUCCGAGCUGCAGGACAUAUUCCCAGCGAUGGUGGGCACCAACGGAACCGAGACCAAAAUCAUGGGCGGUUUGGGCCGGAACGCCACUUCGCAGGCAGGCUACCAAUUGUUUGGCAUUGCUGUCACCCUUCUCAUAGCCAUCGGCGGUGGUAUUUUGACUGGUGCGGUACUGAAGUACACAAACUUCCGGAACCUGAAGAAGGACGAACACCACCAGGACGAGCACUACUGGGAGGUUCCCGCCGCGGAGAACAAGGAGGAAUAUUUAAAUAUGCUCGCCAAACUUUUGGAUGACGACACUGCCGCCAACUCGAAUUCCCAGUCUGCCGCCAACUUUAAUUGGCGCCCAUUUCUGCUGCGCAACUGGAAUGCAAUUGUCCCCGCCAACAAUUUGUAUGUGCGCGGAGCUCUGCACUAGGAGCCGCUAAUUAAGUGGCCCUGGACAAAGUGCCGGCUAAUUAGCCGACUUUUGGCCAAGACACCGCCUCUGCGAUCAGCUUUGCUUUCUUGGCUUUCUUAGCCUUCCCCAGCUUUCUUAGCUUUUGCAACCUGGACAGCUUAGCCGGCGAUUAGGCCACCUGGCGCCGAAGGCCAGUAAUCGCCGGACAAAGGCGAAGCAGGAAUAAUGUCUUUCGAACGACUCACAGUCGCACCGGACUGGCGAUAAGCUGGCGGCCAACUACUUAAGUUGGCUUUGUCACCCCACAGACGACGCACAAACAAAGCCCAAAAGGCAAACAAUUACCGGCAAAAGUUCAACAAGUUUCAAUAAAAAUUGUCAGCCAACGUCUUGGUUUUCUGGGCUUGGGUUUUAACUCAUUUACAGCAGUGAAGAUGAGCCAUUAAGAUUGUUAGGCCAUCGAGCUUGUUCCCGGAUUCGGAAUUCCAUGAUACAAUGGUCUGCUGAGUUUUAAACAUUCAA